AUGCGCUACAUCCGCCUCCUCAAACCCCCGCGCAUCGCCCGACACAAAACCUCCCACCGCCACGAGCUGCGCUGCCUCGCCACACUCACCUCCGACCUCGGCGAUUCGUUUCUGCCCCAUGACGUGCAGCUCUCAGCCGAGCUUCUGCUGGCCCACGGCCAUGUGCUGGUCUGGCGGACGGUGCAAUGGACGAGCGGCAUGCGCAGCCUGUCCAUAGCCAUUCCCCUGCCCCAAGCCCUCGCCCCCUCUUCGCUGCUGCGGGUCAGAAUCGGUGCAGAGCCCCACAAACUCCACGACGAAUACUCAGCCCUUGCCGAAAAAGAUGCGUGCGGCGUCGUCUCGGCGUGGAGUGCGCCCUUUGCACUGCAUGCUGGGGCGGAAAAGCUGGUUGAGCGACGCUUCAAGCUCUCCGACGACUCGACCCUGAGCAUCUGGGAGGAGACGGGAGAAAGCAUCGCUCGCCAUCUGUGGGAUGCUGGCAUCACUCUCGCCUGUCACGUAGCACACGUCAAAGACGCCAACACUGAGCUAUCCCGUGUCUUGUUUCCCUCCAGACCAACCUCUCCCACCAUUCUCGAACUGGGAACUGGCUGCGGAAUCGUUGGCAUCGCGCUGGCCCAGACUCUCUGCCACGCCAGCGUCCUCCUGACCGACCUGCCCGAAGCCAGGGAAAUCGUCCAGCGAAACAUUGACCAGGCGUCCGUAGCAGAAGGCGCCUCGCUCAAGUUCCUCGAGCUGGACUGGGACGCAGAAUUGCCGCAUCAACUACAGAAUCCUUCCCGCCCGCUCCAUCUCGUCCUCGCAGCCGACUGCACAUACAAUGCAGACAGCAGCCCAGCACUAGUCGCCACUCUCUCCCGUCUCACCACGUCCAGCCCCGCUGCCACAAUCGCCAUUGCCAUGAAGAUGCGGCACUCCAGCGAGCAGGUCUUCUUCCACCUCAUGGCUGACGCAGGCUUCGUCGAGACUGCAAAACUCGACUUUCUGCUUCCAGGCGACGUGGAGCUUGGCGAGGAAACCGUGCAUCUGCAUGUUUAUAAGAAGACCGUUUUAACAUGACAACGGGAUCCCGGGUAUGCCACGUUGGACGCUAUGAUUUUGAGUUUUAUAAGGUCGACGUUGUGAUAAGAUGCAGGCAGGGAAGACCCCGUACCGCUAGGUAUGUUUCCCGGGGCAAAUCUCCGCAGUGCAUCAUGGACAGUCUUGCUGUUACGUGGAGAAUGCAAUACCUACAGUACGUCAGCAAAUCUGGACAAUGGAAACAGCCAUCCAACCUGUAGUUGCAGGCAUGUCUACACUAUACUUGCUCCAAUCUAUACAAGAUAAGAUGUGUACCCUCGGCCGCAUCUUGCAACCCGCCAAGCCGCUUA